AUGAACGGAACAGGACAAGCUCCGCGACGAGUGCGGCGUAAUCGAGCAAACGGUGCGGGCCGGCCUUGGAUUAGAGUGCCCGUGGGGUUUGCGACUACCGAAAAGGAUUGGGAGCCUGACUUUAACGAUGCCGCAGGUUGCUACGUUGUGCGGUAUCCGGAGCUGACUCCAAAAAUCGAUCCAGCAAAUGUUGGCAAGCUGACGUUUAUCAAAUGGGAUCUGGAUGAUGAAAACAUUCCACCAAAUGAACGCGCCUGGAUGUCUACUCAAUGGAAAACUACUUUGGACGUGAUUAAGAGCUUUGAGUGGAAGCCGCGAAUCUACUUCAACAUUGACCACGUCAAACUGGUGCGAAGCAAGUUGCGUAAGCAGGUCUCAAGCUUUGGCCAGCGGGACAUGACUGAAGAGGCAUUUCGAACCAUGAUAUCAAAUGCAGUACCAAGGAUGGUGUAUCAAGAACAGGAUCAAAUGCGAUACACAGAGAAGAUGCGGGAAAGAAUUGCUGAAGCUAUGGAAGUUUUCAAGGCGCAUUUGAUGAGCAACCCAUAUAUUGAGAAUUUGUCCGAAUUUUUUGAAACAAUUACUCGUUUGCAUUCAUCCCAUUUCAUUCAUUUUGGACCAACCAUGGCUUUACGUGUACUUCAAGAAUACGAGAAUGACCUGCAGGAAAACAAGCCUGAACAAGAAUCGAAGUUUCAAAGAUGGCUUUUUGGAGAGCAUGAAGUCACACUCUGGAAGAUGCCAUUCGACGAGACGAUGGAUCACGCGAUUAACGAGGAAAUGCAGAGGCUAAAUGCCCAAGAAAUUUUCACGAACUUGAAAGAGGAGACCUUUGAGAUGGCUGUCCCAAACCAUAACUUCAAAAUUUUGGUUGGAGAAGGUGGCGAAUGUGACUUUCUUUCACCAAACGACAAUGGAUGUUCGCUGCUUAUUUUGGGAACUCAAGAAGAUUGCUCUCAAAUGCUGCUUUCAAAAGAUAUUGGCGAACGCAGGAGUUUGACCUCGUUUGAACGUCGAAGAAUCCUUUGCGCACUUGGAGAAAAAGACUGCGUGCCAUUCAUUGUGCAGUAUCGAAACACGAACAAAGCUUGUAUGGGACGUCAAGAAAUCGAGAAGAAUGGAUUGUUGCGAUGCUUUGCUUGCCCAAAGGAUUUCAUUUUGGGCGAAUAUCACGGCAAUACACGACAUGAAGAGUCAGUCUCACUCCUCUUCCGCUGGCAAAAAUCUCCUCCACUACCUACCAUUCUUUUGACGAUCAAAGAGCCUGCUUUGGUGAGAUACGCUAACGAGGUGUUUUCAUGCAAUGGUUUCCCCACGAAUAUCAAGCGACGAUACAUUGACAGUAAAGAACUCGAAAUCAGAAUGUAUCCAGAUGACAUCAAAAACGAGGAUGAAGCAUGCGAGUGGGUUCGCUCGAUCUUAACGCCAGCUGGAGUCGAGAUCGAAUCAGUGAAGAUGAAUCGCUAUCCACCACAAGAAUUAACCAAUGAGGUGCAGCUUGAAACUUGCAGGGCUUUAUCAGGUCAUUUUAUCAAAAGUGCGAUGGAAAGAAAAGUAUGGAUUGAUGGCUCUGAAAACAAUCCAAAAGAUCAACUCGCUUUGUAUAGGUACAUUUUGGAUUAUUCUAAGUUUCCGUGGACUUUUGAUUUUGACGGCAGCGAUAACACUUAUAACGCUGUGACGGUGCCCAGCUACUUGCGCCCGAUUUUUGAUGGAGUGCUGAAGAAAUUCAACGAUAAUCCAUUUGGGGAAAACUCUCAAUCGGACGCGCAACAGUGGAUUCGAAUCUGUGAUUUUCAAUCUACCAACUUAAAUACAGAUAAACUCGGUGUGUGUGGAUGGCCAAAGAGUUACGCGGAUCGAGGUUUUAAAUUUUUGCGCUCUUUGUUCAAUCCGAAGACUUUUAAGCUCCAAGACGAUGCCGAUAAUUGGAUCUUCUUUGACAUUGGUGCUGCAUGGUUACACGAACAACUUGAGCAAGAAAAGGCAAGGUUGGACUUCUUCUACGAUGUUGACGUAACGAGACGUACAAUUACGAUGUGGGGCCCACCUGAAAGAACGGAAGAAAUUUCGGAAACGAUUCGGCUUGCAAUUGUUAACAGACAUUCAAUGAAAGUGAAGGCUUCAAUAGCAAUUACUGCUCCACAAUACCCAAACUAUUUUGAUCAGCUUGUCGAUUACGUUGAUGAAUUUUUUGCUAAAGAUACUCCUGGAUUUGCUUAUCUCCUUGCAGCAAAAGAAGUUCCAAAGAUCACCUUUGAUGCGACAACCAUGUCAAUCGUUAUUGAUGGUACUGUUGCACAAUAUGAACAGUUACGAGGGUUGCUUGAUGAUCUCGCACAAACGGCUUUCAAAUCUCGGCACUUUGUGAUGGAGAACAGGCAUUUUUUGUCAUCGAAUUGUGGAAUUUGUCUAUCGCCACCUCUCCAUCAAGAUUAUUAUCGCCUUGAAAUCUGUGGACACUAUUUUUGCCGCGAAUGCAUCAAUAAGCAAGUACUGACAGACCAACGCAGCCCACGGCGACAACCCCUCGUUUGUGCUUAUGAGGAAUGUGGAGAACCAUUUGUUGCCAGUGAUAUCAAGCGACUACUUCUUGGCGCUGGAGGUGGCUUCACGUUAGAGGACAGAGCUUGGUGGCUAGAUGCCGAGAAGUUAGAAGCAUUCAUGUCGACAACUUUGGAGCGCCUUCUCAAUCGUCCGGGGUCGUCCUAUUUCAAUUGCAUUACGCCAGACUGUAGAGGAAUCUUUGAGCGCAAGAUGCAGCAGGGACAGUUAUCGAAUGCCGUAUCUACGUGUGACUCGUGCUCUCGAAAAAUGUGCAGCUUUUGUGGACUUGAAGAACAUUCGUUUAUGUCGUGUUUUGACUACAAAAAUCUCCGAAAUGAUGAUAGAGUGUCGGUGGAAAGAUACAUGACUUCUUUGGGACCAGACAAGGUUGCGCUUUGCCCGGGUUAUUUCUGCUGGAUUUGCAACUACAUGGGCUCAAAUGGAGACAUUUAUCGGCACCUCCAAGAAGUACACAAAAGUGUGACAGAUCAUCCAUGGGUUUUCAAUGAAGAGGGUCACGUUAUUGCUGCACCACCUGGCGAAGAACAAGUGGCCUUGAGGGAGAUGGUGGCGCUCGAGAUGAAUAACAAUCUCCGUCUACGAAAUCCUCAAGGA